GAUGAGCAAAAAAGAGAGAAAGAAGAAAGAGAAUAUUAUUAUUAUUAUUAUUAUUAUUAUUAUUAAUUUUAGAAGCUUGUCCGAAAGGCGGGGCUGUGUGUGGAGCUCGUUGGCUUAUUUAAUUAGGUCGUCGUCGAGUAUGAACCUAGGCAGUACUGCAGAAAUUAAUGGAAUUAUCAAUAACACCAUGGCCAAGGGAGAAGAAGCUUCUGCUACUGCAAUAUCUGCAGGUGAAUUUAACAACAACAACAACAAUAAUAAUAAUAAUAAUAAUAAUUUCAGCAGCUGGAGGAAGAAGACGAUGCAGUGGUGCGCCGAGAAAUUAGGGUUUCUAUUACUGUGCAAUAACAAGAAGAUGAAGAUUAACAGUGGUGAGGAGAGUACGAGGAGGAUGAUCCACAGCAGCAAGGUAGGGGUAGCCCUGGUCAUCGUGUCUCUUGCUUAUCUGCUCAAUCCCAUGUUCGAACAGGUCGGGGAGAAUGCCAUGUGGGCAAUCAUGACUGUUGUUGUCAUGUUCGAGUUCUACGCUGGUGCUACGAUAGGAAAAGGGAUCAACAGGGGAAUAGGGACAUUUGUUGGGGGUGGAUUGGGGUGCUUAACUUCACUUCUUGCUGAUCAAAUUGGAGGCCUUGCCCAUCCUAUCAUCAUUGCUUCUUCACUCUUCCUAUUUGGGUGUGGUGCGACGUACUGCAGACAACUGCCAAAGUGGAGGAAAAGAUACGACUAUGGCCUGAUGAUAGCGAUUCUGACAUUCAAUCUGGUGGCGGUUUCCGGCGUCCGAGCCGACCGGAUUUUCAAGCUGGCUCAGAGCCGGCUUGCCACCAUAGCCAUGGGCUUCGGUGUCUGCAUAUUCAUCAGUGUCCUCGUCUUCCCCUUCUGGGCAAGUGAUCAUCUCCAUUUCUCCAUUGCCUCCAGCUUCAUCACUCUAGCCAAUGCUCUCCAAGAGUGUUUGGAUGACUAUUUCACCAUCGAAUGCCACAAGGAAAUUGAUCAAGAUCAUAAGACCAAGAAUCACGCCUGCAAGUCAGUGCUCAACUCCAAAUCAAACGAAGACUCACUGGCAAAUUUUGCAAAGUGGGAGCCAUGGCAUGGCAAGUUUGGAUUGAGCUAUCCAUGGGAGAAGUAUCUGGAGAUUGGGGAGCUUUUGAGAGACCUCUCUGUCACUAUUCUCUCUCUCAAAGGAUGCCUUCAAUCACCCAAACAGCCACCAGCCAUGGAAAGGCAGAGGCUGAAGGAGCCCUGUGAAAGUUUCAGCCUCUCAAUAGGGUGGAUACUAAAGGAGCUCGGAGAAGGGAUCAAGAAAAUGGAGCUAAUCCAAACAAAACUUUCGAUAACCCCAAAAAUCGAGUCUUCGAGACAAUUGCUGACACCUCACCUCCUCUCCCAUUCCUGCAAGAUGGAAGUUGUCGAUACAACUGAUGAAAAUCUUGCCAUCACCACUGUUAGUUUCUUAUUGCUCGAGAUUGUGGAUAAGGUUGAAAUUUUGGCUAGAAAAGUCGAAGAAUUGGGAGAUUUGGCUGAAUUUAAAGCCAAGAAAGUUCAUGUAUAG